GUCGACUAGUAUCCAUUCGCUUAUGGGUUUAUGCAAGGGGCAUAGGCUCGCUAGAGCCCCUCUUCACAUGCAUUCCAACGUGCAUUAUUUCACCAUUCAAGGCAAAGGCACUCUAAUCAGCUCUCCCAACUUGAUAACAUCUGUCAUCCUUAUCAACAAUUCGAAGCGAUGAUAUUGGCAAAAUUACCCUUCGUCAUCCAUUUUCUCGUUGAAACAGCGGCAGCUGUGUCGUUUAUUUUUGCCCCAGAUCUACAACUUCCUGGCUGCAAUCUGGCCGCAAAGCUCAUUCUACGCCAAUACGGAGGAUUGCUCCUGUCGACCAAUGUAAUAUGCCUUUUUAUCGUCACCGAACCAGGAUUUUCUGACUUGGCUCGACAAUUGGCACUGGCGUUGGGAACUUACCAUGUAUGGCCGUGCUAUCGAGCCUAUGUUCGGAUUCACCACCAUUUAACAGCAGCCGAGAAGAGCCUUGCUUUGGGCGGCCCUCACUUACAUCUAGUAAUACACCUGAUAUGUUUUGGAAUGUUCAUAGGAGCAUUUCUUUCCUAGGAGCAUACAUUUCCCCCAAAAUGCCGGGAAGCUGUCGC